UCCAUUCCACCACGACACUGCACCAUGAGCAGCCUCUUCUCUGUGGGAAAUUCCACCAUGCUUACGCAAGCUGCUGCACGGACCUCCUCACCCCAUAAAUUGGGCAGCUGCUGACUGUCUCAGCAUCAGACAGAAAAGAGGCUUUCAAGCUCCACUUGCCUGCUUCAGCUCCAGCCACCACUUCUCAGCUGACAUGAAGGUCUUUGUGGCUGCCCUCACCAUUCUCAUUGCCGCUCUCUGCUACCAGACCUCCGCUGCACCGAUUGGCUCCGACCCACCGACCUCCUGCUGCUUCACCUACACUUCCCGGCAGCUGCCACGCAGCUUCGUGGUGGAGUACUAUGAGACCAACAGCCAGUGCCCCCAGCCAGCCGUCGUGUUUAUCACGAAGAAGGGCCGCCAAGUCUGCGCCAACCCUGAGCAGGAGUGGGUCCAGGAGUACAUGAACGAGCUGGAGCUGAACUGAAGUGCCGGGACAGACCCUGCCACCCUGUGUCACCCAGCUGCCGGGAUGGGCGAGCCGCAGCCAGCUGCGGGCUCUGUCAGAAAUGUUUCAAUGUCAUUUAAAGCUAGUUGAGCAAUAGAAAAUGUUCCAGAAUCUAACUUUAGUAUUUUGAUAUUUACAUAUUUAAUUUUUAUAGGGGAGGGAUGAGGUGCAAUAAGUCCACUCCAGACAAAUAAGAAUAUUAUUUAAUAUAUUUUUUUAAAUGAAGACUCAUGCUCAGGUUAUAUUUUCUGUA